CUCCGUCACUUUCAGAACUCUUGGCGCCCCUCGGCCCCCGUAGGGACGCGUUGACGUAAGACGCGCUGAGGACGCGCGAGGGACGACGCUGGUUUCCCUGGUGACGGUUGCCAGGGCAGCGCGUGCCGGCGUCCGGAAGAAGUUGCCUAGCCGCUGCAGGGAGAGGUGGAGAGAGACCGCGCUUUGGCUCCUGCAUGUCCAGUGUGUUCGUGCACCCAUUUUGCGCACUUGGGAUGAUCUUCAGGGGCAGGAUGGCAGCAGAUGAAAGCUCGCAGGACACUUUGCGGCUCCAGUUCCAGGCGAUGCAGCAGAUGCAGCACAAACGGCUACAGAAGCAGAUGGAGAGAAAGAGGGAGAAGGAGCUGAGCCCCAAAAGCAGAGCUGACGGCCAGGAGGAGCCCUUGGAGGUCCCAGGUGGUCUCAGCCUUCUCCAUGCUGGGGAGCCACACUUGAAAAACAGCUUUGAGAAGAGGGUGCUUGAAGAUGAGAUCGAACACCUUCGAAACGAGCUCAGGGAAACCGUGGACGAGAACGGGCGACUGUAUAAACUGCUGAAGGAAAGGGACUUUGAAAUCAAACACCUCAGGAAGAAAGCAGAAGAGGACAGACUUGCCUUCACAGGGACAGCUGGUGUAGCUGGAGACAUGGUCGCCACCAAAAUUGUGGAGCUAUCAAAAAAGAACCGGGUGUUGAUGGCAGAAUCAGAGGGUGCAAAAACCAGAGUGAAGCAGCUGACCAAUCGCAUCCAGGAGCUGGAGCGGGAGCUGCAGUCAGCCCUGACCAGGCCGCCAGCCAAGGGGGCCGCUGACGCGGGGGCCAAGCCGCCGAGGACGCAGACGGGAGACAGAGCAUUGCAGGAGACCCCGGAGGUGAAGGCCCUGCAGGACAGGCUGGCGGCCACCAACUUGAAGAUGAGUGACCUCCGUAACCAGAUCCAGUCUGUGAAGCAGGAGCUUCGGGUGGCACAGAAGGUUUUGGCCAGUGAGGUCGGGGAAGGCAUCGAUGUCCAGCAGCUCCUGUCCUUGCCUGGGACCUGGAGGGGUCGGGCUCAACAAAUUCUCGUUUUGCAAAGCAAGGUUCGAGAGCUUGAGAAGCAGCUGGGCCAGGCCCGGAGCCAGUCUGCAGGAACAGCCAAUGAUGAGUUGUCUGUGUAUCCAGACCCAAGGAAGCUGUCGGCACAGGAGAAACACCUGCUGAGGAUCCACAGCUUGGAAAGGGAGAAGCAGGAAGCCUUGGAGAAACUUGCCAGUGAGCGGGAUGCCCUCCAGAGAGAGCUUGAGGAGCUGAAAAAGAAGUGUGAGGGCAUGAGGUCUCGGAACAAGGUGCUGGCGAGUGAGGUGAAGACCCUCAGGAGUCAGAUGGGGACCUUGGUGGAGAAGGGCCGGCAUGACGACGAGCUCAUCGACGCCCUGAUGGACCAGCUGAAGCAGCUACAGGAAACCCUGGGCAGCCUGAGUCUGAAGGAGGAGAAGACGCGACUGUCCCAGCACCACGUGGACCAGCAGUUGAACAGUGAGGCUCAGCGGAGCAGUAGCCUCGUCGCCCAGCUGCAAGCCAUGGUGGCCGAGCGGGAGGCCAGAGUGCAGCAGCUGGAGACGGAGAUCGGGCAACUCAGUGUGCACUAUCUUCGGAAUAAUGGAGCGGGUGAGGGGACCGGUGGAACCCAGUUCCCAGAGGACCCAGACCUGGCCAAGCCCCCGACCUCGGCAGGCGGCCACACUGGCAGGCUGGGAUCUUCUCGCUCUGUGACCAGCCUGGGCCACACACUGGUGGAAUCUGCUCUCACGAGGCCUUCCCUGCCCAGUCCCCACAGGACCUCGCCUAGGUUCUCGGACUCCCCAGAACAAAAUGGCUGGCUGGCACGCGUGGCAGAGAUGAAGGCCCUCUGGCAGGCUGCUGAGGUGGAGCGUGACCGGCUCGCUGAGUUUGUCACCGUCCUACAGAAACGGUUCCCUCACCUGAGAGUUCAGCUCCCAGAGCUGGUUCGGGGCACUCCCAGCCACAACUCAUGUGCCCACCCAAAACGCCCCCAGCCGGGGCCCUGUCAUCACACUGUCGCCUUAGAAGCAAGUGCAUUCUGCAUGCAGCCAGUGGGACUGUCGUGUGGCCUGUGGAUGUUGCUGGGAGUCGUGGGGCAGAGACACUCAGGAGUAGAUCAGUCCCAUCAAUCCAUCAAUAAUUAAAAUCUGUGAUGAGCCUGGCGUUGUGCUUGCUGCUGCUGGGGAGGGUUGGUGGGAAGAAAACACAAGCUAGACUGACAUCUGGAAUCGCAAAGAACAAGAGAACCGGGGAGGCAGGAGGCAAGCACGAGGCGGGGGGCGCUGGGCCAGGAGGGGCGGCUUUCUCCGAAGCGUUGCUGACAGGCUUCCAUUCAGACAAAUCAGUGCUCCUCGCUCAAAUGAUCCUUUUGGCAAGAAUUGCAGGUGACCAGGCCAACACAUGGCUCGACCGUGUGACCUCCACGCCGAAAAGUAUUCAGCACACCACUGAGUUUCUGCCCUAACAGGCCGUGUCAUGUAUCAUCGGGCUCGUUGAUGAUGGACAAUGGAAAGCAAUUCUGACUGAAUUCAGUGAUGGGCAGAGAGCAGGAGAGGAGCCCGGGCAGGCACAGGUGUCUUGGGCAGCAGGAAACCCUGGGCAGGUCCCUGGCCACUGAAAUGAUACGGCCAAAUGGCUCUUAGCCCUUGUGCCCAUGGGUUCUGGGAGAGAAGGCUGAAGUGGACGGUGCUGUGCCCGGGUCCACCCCACAUGCAAGGGCACUCUGCCUGAAGUUCCUCUGGCGCCCACAGAAUGCAGGAGGGGUAGUUUGCCAAAGUGAAAAAGGGGGCACUGGGAGCAAAAGGAGCUAAGGGUGCAGGGAAGGAGAAGGGAAGGACAAGGGAGGCCUGCUACCUCCACAGUGAGGGGGCAGGGAAGGACAAGGGAGGCCUGCUACCUCCACAGUGAGGGGGCAGGGAAGGACAAGGGAGGCCUGCUACCUCCACAGUGAGGGGGCAGGGAAGGACAAGGGAGGCCUGCUACCUCCACAGUGAGGGGGCAGGGAAGGACAAGGGAGGCCUGCUACCUCCACAGUGAGGGGGCAGGGAAGGACAAGGGAUGCCUGCUACCUCCACAGUGAGGAGGUAGCUUUGUUUUCACACCAUACGUAGAGAAGAUGUGAAUUUCAGACAUACUCAAAUAUAUGAGAAAAGCAACAUUAAUUUUUUUUCUGUAAUUGGAAUGUAAUGGAUGGUACAAGUCUUUUUUUUUUUUUUUUUUUUGAGACGGAGUUUCGCUCUUGUUACCCAGGCUGGAGUGCAAUGGCGCGAUCUCGGCUCACCGCAACCUCCGCCUCCUGGGUUCAGGCAAUUCUCCUGCCUCAGCCUCCUGAGUAGCUGGGAUUACAGGCACGCACCACCAUGCCCAGCUAAUUUUUUGUAUUUUUAGUAGAGACGGGGUUUCACCAUGUUGACCAGGAUGGUCUGGAUCUGUUGACCUCGUGAUUCACCCGCCUCGGCCUCCCAAGGUACAAGUCUUUAGUCUAUCAAAUGGUAGAAACAUACUCAGUGCAGGCUUUCUCAUUUCUCUUGAGUUACAUCUGAGUUUGUGUGAGGAAGGUGACUCCGUUAGCUAUUGCUGUGUAACAAACCAUCCCAAACCUAGUGGCUUCAAACACAUGGCUUGUGCUUUCCACGAUGCUGUGGCUCGGCUGGGUCAUUCUGCUCCUCAUAAUGUCAGCUGGGGUCAUGCACUGCUCUCAUGCAGCUGGCACUUCAGGGGUGCCUCAGCCCUCCCCAUGUGGUUUCUGUCUCCAUCUCAUUUCCAGGGCCUCUCCACACAGGGCUGGGAUUGGGGAGGGCAAGCAAGGCACUUGGGCUGUGAAGUGUAAGGAGGUACUCACGCCCAGUCACGUACGUGCAGCUCUGUCUGCCAACAUGCUGGCCCUUUUUGGGUCCUUGGGUCCCUCCUGCUACUCAGUGUCAUUCUGGGGUGUCAGGGGCUCUGUGAGGCUGUGCUGGGCCCAUGAGCCAAGACCUGCUGCCUUUUUUCCUUGAAGUUAUUGCUAAUUCCCUGCGCCAUAACAAAAAAAAAUUUCCUUAAAUCUAUUUGGUUUAAAACUAAAUGGUUUAAACUAAAAUCAUUUCGUUAAAACUAAUUUGGUAAAUUACCAAAACUGAUGACUGGCCAAUUAAACCAAAUUAACUUAAAUCAUUUUAAAUUAAAACUAAAUGUUUUAACUAUCCCAAAGUACAGGGCCUUCCUUUCUCAGAGAGCCUCAAUCUCUACUCCCUUCUUAAUCUGCAGUCUGUCCCUGUCUUGCAUAGGGAGGUCUUUCUCUGCUUAGCUUCUCUUCUCUCUUACUCUGCCCUACAAUUUCCAGCUGCCUCAGUUCCCCCUCCCACCCCAUCCCCUAAUCCCAUGCGCUUGUCCCGGGAAGACUGCCCCCAUCUCACACUGCCAUGGAAGUGCCUCAGGCAGAAAGCCAGGGCCACGGGCCAGCUCAAGCCCUUCCUUUUCUCGGUCUUGUACCCAGUAUGUGUCAUCCUGUUGUCCAGUGUCUGAAGACAAGUUCU